ACAGCAUCAGUCUUCAAUGUCACCAUCACUGAUCUGAAUGAACAUGAUUCAGACACAUACUAUUGUGUAGUUGAUAUAGUCGGGUGGACAGAUAUCUACACUGAAGUGAAGCUGAAUGUUAGAGAAGACACAACUGAUCACAAAACAUCACCAACAACAACAACAACAUCAUCAUCCUUCUUAUCGUCUUUCUCAUCAGUUCAGUCAACACUGGUCACGACAUCAUCAUCCUCAACUUUCUCAAAAAUUCAAUCUACAAUCACGUCAGCAUCUCCUGUGACAUCAUCAGACUCUUUGUUGAUCAUGAGUUUGUCUGUGGUUCUGGUUCUGAUCAUCACUGGCCUGUUGAUGCUGACAGUGAUUCUCUGGAAGAGACAUCAGACUGCAGUGACAAGAUCUCACGCCGGUCCAGUAAACAAGGAGCAGCGGUUUUGACAGAUACAGAGGAAGUACAAAUGAGAAGUGGGCAUGUUUGUCACUUUCAGCAGCUGUAGCAGAAAACAUUGAAACCCACUGAUACUCCUGAACAGCUUCAGAUGAAGAAGACCAGAGAAGAUGAUUGAAUACGCGAGAAGAAUGAAGAUGCCGUUGACUUUCACACUGCUGAUGAUUUCUGGAGCUCUGAGCUUCACUGUGAUGGGAUAUACAGGAGGAGCAGUCACCAUCACAUGUCCAUAUGACAGAGGAUAUACAAGUAAUGAGAAAUAUUUUUGUAAAGGUCAGAAGCCAGUUAUACCAAGGCCUGGAUGGUGUUUUGACGUCAUCAAGACUGAUAUUAAAGAUAAAAGAUUCUCUCUGUAUGAUGACACAACAGCAUCAGUCUUCAAUGUCACCAUCACUGAUCUGAAUGAACAUGAUUCAGACACAUACUAUUGUGUAGUUGAUAUAGUCGGGUGGACAGAUAUCUACACUGAAGUGAAGCUGAAUGUUAGAGAAGUUACGUUUGUUGUCCAGAUGUCAUCAUCACCACCAUCAUCACCAUCAUCAUCACCAUCAUUUCCAACACUGGAAACUUCAAUGUUCACAGAAAUCCAACAAACUAAACAAACAACAGGUUUUUUUGUAAUGAUUAUCUCUGAGGUUUUAUUUUUGCUGCUGGUCAGAGUUCCCCUGCUUCUACUGGCCAUUCGACAGACUCACGGGUCAGACCUGAGCUUAAUAAACACAGUUGAGUUUAAUGCUUGUGAUAAAGCUGACCUUCAUUCUGAUGCAAACACAGACAGCAGAACAACAGUAGUCUACAGUCUUCACUUACCAAUAAACCCUCCUGAGUAGUUAAACCUCUCUGAUAGAUCGCAAACUGUGAGCAAAUGUCCAUCAUUAGAUCUUAAUUAUGUAAAACAGUUAUUUUUAAAUGUAUAUAUAAUAGAUUUGUAAGCAAUGUUGAAUGUGUUGCAAGUGUUUAGUUCCCUUUCUCUCAACACUGUUUAUAAUACUCUUCAAGUGUUUUAAAUGCUGUUAUUGAAUUUGUUAUUGGCAAUAUUAGUUGUCUGUAAUCUGACAUACAGACAUAAAUCCUUUCCAGCAACUUCUGUAAGAUUUGAUGAAGUCUUGUAAUAUCGCACAUCAUGAAGAACCUGUUGGAUUUUUGGUCACGUGUUUUGUGUUCGUCUGCUGUCCAUGGUGCUGAAUUUCUGCUCUCACGUUCACUUCACUGCAGUCACCACUAGAGGACACCACUGCUGUGUUAUAUGGUUCAGUCUAGAAGUUGUCCAGCUGUACGUGUGAUUUACCCACAUGAGAAAAAUCUGAGUUGAAUGAAUUACCUUACAGUUCCUUGUUUCUUUCAAUUCAAUAACUACAAUAGUAACAAUAACCGUAAAACUCAUGUAAAU